GGAUGGAAUUUACACAUUUAUGUACAAAUGUUAGGGCUUUGAAGCUCAACAGGAGGAAAAGUCCCAAAAGAACCAUGGCAGUGCUGAGCCUGAAGCAGGUGUUGGAAGACAAACAGGCUCGUGAUCCCAACGCCAUUACGGCUCUUGUGCUCAACCACAAAGCUCUAUCCAAUGUUUAUUGCUUGAGCGAGUUCAAGAACUUGGAGAGACUUGAUCUCAGCGCCAACAGUCUUACUUCACUCGAGGAUUUGAAGUCGUGUGUGAAUUUGAAAUGGUUGUCGGUGGUACAGAACAAGCUCCAGAGCCUGAAAGGGAUCGAGGGGCUAACGAAUCUCACUGUGCUGAAUGCUGGCAAAAAUAAGAUUAAGUCUGUGGAUGAGAUAAGGUCUCUUGUAAGCUUACGUGCUUUGAUUUUGAAUGAUAAUGAGAUUGUUUCCAUCUGCAGACUUGAUCGAAUGAAAGAGUUGAACACUCUAGUUCUUUCUAGAAAUCCAAUUGGUAAGAUUGAUGAGUUUCUGUUCAAGGUGAACUCAAUCACAAAGCUCUCUUUAUCUAAUUGUCAACUUCAAACGAUUAACUCAGUUAAGUCCUGCACUGAGUUGAAAGAGCUCCGACUUGCUCACAAUGAUAUCAAGACUCUGCCAUCUGAGUUGGUCCAUAAUUCAAAACUUCGGCUUUUGGAUGUGGGAAACAAUUUGAUAACAAGCUGGUCUGACAUCAAGGUGCUAUCUUCAUUGGCUAACCUGAAGAACCUAAAUAUGCAAGGCAAUCCUAUUGCUGAAAAUGUCAAGUUAGCAGAAAAGAUCAGAAGGCGCUUGCCAAAUUUGCAGAUACUCAAUGCCAGACCAGUAGAUAAACUAGCAAAGAAUGAGAAGGGUGACAGGGAUGAGAGAGUUGAUGAUUCUUCUCUUCAUGUUGCUAACAGACAAGGGUCUCGGGGGGAAGAGGAAAAAGAUGUUAGCAUGAGACACAAGAACCCUAAACAAUAUGCUAUUGGUCAGAAGACUCCUAACAGUGAUGACCAGCAUGAUACUGUUGGAGAUGUUGAAAGGGGGAGAGGAUUCAAGAAACAGAGUCAGAAAACCGUGGUAGUCAUGAAAGAAAAAAAUUUAGGUCAAUAUGAAGACAGUGCUGUCACUGACAAGAAGUUGAAGAAAACAUUUAAGAAAAUGGAAGAACAUAAAGUUGGUAUCCCGGGGAUUCAAUUAACAGGCCCUCCUGUGAAGAAGGAAUUGAAGCGCAAAAAGGAUAAAGCAAGUCAAAUUGAAAAGGCAGAAGCUCCAAGCCACAAGGAUGACAGUACUGUCACUGAUAAAGAACUGAAAAUAAAAUCAAAAAAGUUGAAACAGAAUGAAGUUAAUGUCAUUGACGAUGGAGAAACUCCAUUCUCAGAACUUUUCCACGAUACUGGUGAAAAUGCUGAAGAUGAUAAAGCUAUUCGGAGUGUCAAAACCAUUGAUAACUUAGUUACCUUCCCCCCGAAGAGAAAGAAGAUGAAAAGUAGGGGCAAGGUAUCUGCAGUCCAGUUGUCUCUAGUAGCUGAAGUUGGACUGGGUGGGCCUUCAACUUGGGACGAUUGAGCUGUUUAUGCAAGGGGCCAUUUCUUCUAGAGGCUGUGCUUCUAGAUUAUAUCACUCAAGUCAAUGGAAUACUAAAUGAGGUAUGUGUUUAUGUUAUUCUGAGGAGGGAGAUCUGGCCAUAUCAUGCCCAAAUCUGAUUUGCUCUUGGCAUCAGUCGUCACGCUUUUGUGGUUGUAAGUUCCAUUGUACUCACUAUUAUCUAACGAGAUGAAGAAUGCUUCUCUUUUCAUUUGCUAGGUGGAGAUGCAUUGCAGUGUUCCAUCACCAGAAUAUAUGCUUUACUUGUGGUCCAAACUCAUAUGCGCCUUUUUUAUCGUAUUACCAAGCUUGAUGCUCAAGUGUAAAAAGAGUUAAGAACUUAACCUCCUUUGGCAGCUAUGUUUCUCUUCCUUGCCUCUCUGCUUCUGAACAUUUUACUGCAUAUAGUUGGUGCCAAUGCUUUUAGGAAUGAAAAUGUUUAUGCUAAUCCAGCACCUUGUAUUUGUCACAACAGCCUAUUCUUCUAAAUGCCAGAGAAAACUUUUGAAAACACGAGUUAAAAGAAAAUAAUAGUAACUGCUUUCUUCUGGUC